GCAUAUUCAGCCGGCGGCGGCGGUCCUGCCGCAGCGGCGGGCGGCUCGGCUCGGCAGUGCACAGCCACCGGCAGCAGCCCUUCAGUCAGCGGGGCAUCCCUGCGCUCCCCCGGCGGCGAGGGCUCGGUGCGGGCUGCGAGGUUCCGGGAGCCGCUCCGCAUCUCCCGAGCGGUGGCGGAGCAGAGUCAAAAUGUCAGACAAAAGUGAUUUAAAAGCAGAACUUGAGCGCAAAAAACAGCGUUUGGCUCAGAUAAGAGAAGAAAAGAAACGGAAGGAGGAAGAAAGGAAGAAAAAAGAGGCUGAUCUACAGCAGAAGAAGGAGCCAGCUCAGGAAGAUUCUGACCUAGACCGUAAAAGGAGAGAGACAGAAGCUUUGUUACAGAGCAUUGGUAUAUCCCCAGAACCACCUCUAGUGCAGUCGCUGCAUGUGUUAACAUGGGAUACCUGUUAUUUUCAUUAUUUAGUCCCAACCCCUAUGUCUCCCUCUUCGAAAUCAGUGAGCACACCCAGUGACGCAGGCAGCCAGGACUCAGGGGAUCUGGGACCCAUAGGAAGGACCUUGCAAUGGGACACAGACCCCUCAGUGCUGCAACUCCAGUCUGACUCUGAACUUGGACGCAGACUGCACAAGCUAGGGGUGUCAAAGAUCACCCAGGUUGAUUUCUUACCUCGGGAGGUGGUAUCAUACUCCAAGGAGACUCAGACGCCUCUGGCAACGCAUCAAUCUGAAGAGGAUGAAGAAGAUGAAGAGAUGGUGGAGCCAAAAACACAGGAUGACUUAGAGACGGAAAAUCAAGACCAGAAGCAGGAAGUGAAAGAAGCUCCUCCUAGAGAACUGACAGAAGAAGAAAAGCAACAAGUUCUCCAUUCGGAAGAAUUCCUGAUAUUUUUUGACCGCACAAUACGUGUAAUUGAGCGAGCUUUGGCUGAAGAUUCUGACAUCUUCUUUGACUAUAGUGGCAGAGACGUAGAAGAGAAAGAUGGAGAUGUUCAAGCAGGAGCCAACCUUUCCUUUAACCGGCAAUUUUAUGAUGAGCACUGGUCAAAGCAUCGUGUCGUCACCUGCAUGGAUUGGUCUCUUCAGUACCCUGAAUUGAUGGUUGCAUCUUAUAACAAUAAUGAAGAUGCUCCACAUGAGCCUGAUGGAGUAGCCUUGGUGUGGAACAUGAAGUUCAAGAAAACCACACCAGAGUAUGUGUUCCAUUGUCAGUCCUCUGUAAUGUCAGUCUGUUUUGCCCGCUUUCACCCGAACCUGGUUGUCGGUGGAACGUACUCUGGCCAAAUUGUCUUGUGGGAUAAUCGCAGUCACAGGCGCACUCCGGUUCAGAGAACACCCUUAUCUGCUGCUGCUCACACGCAUCCUGUGUAUUGUGUGAAUGUAGUUGGAACACAGAAUGCACACAAUCUUAUUACUGUCUCUACGGAUGGCAAAAUGUGCUCCUGGAGCCUGGACAUGCUCUCAACUCCACAGGAGAGCAUGGAGCUGGUAUACAAUAAGUCCAAACCAGUGGCGGUCACAGGAAUGGCUUUCCCAACCGGAGAUGUCAAUAACUUUGUCGUUGGCAGUGAAGAGGGAACAGUCUACACAGCCUGUCGUCAUGGAAGUAAAGCUGGCAUUGGUGAAAUUUUUGAAGGCCACCAAGGACCUGUCACAGGAAUCAAUUGUCACAUGGCAGUGGGUCCAAUAGACUUUUCCCAUCUCUUUGUCACAUCAUCAUUUGACUGGACAGUGAAAUUGUGGACCACAAAGCACAACAAGCCGCUCUACUCCUUUGAAGACAAUGCCGACUAUGUCUACGAUGUCAUGUGGUCGCCAGUGCAUCCCGCGCUCUUCGCCUGCGUGGACGGGAUGGGGCGCCUGGAUCUGUGGAACCUGAAUAACGACACCGAGGUUCCCACAGCCAGUGUCACCAUAGAAGGAGCGUCUGCCCUCAACCGUGUCCGCUGGGCCCAGGCUGGGAAGGAGGUAGCAGUUGGUGAUUCAGAAGGCCGCAUAUGGGUCUAUGAUGUUGGAGAGCUGGCUGUUCCACACAACGACGAGUGGACGCGCUUCGCCCGCACCUUGGUGGAGAUCCGUGCCAACCGAGCCGACAGCGAAGAAGAGGGGGCGGUGGAGCUCUCGGCAUAGAGCAGCGCCCGCCAGAACAGCAGCUUCCCCCGCUGAGUACACCAGUGUUCAGUGUCAGAGGCAGUCUUGCUGUGGCUUUUGAUGCCAGUGUACAUGCCAGUAUUGCUCAAAGCAUUCCAUAUUAAUCACACUGCUUUACACAAGGCUGAAAAUAUCCAGAGCAUUUUCAUACUUUAUAUUUCUGUCUGAAAAGUAAGAAAGAAAAGACAAAUCAACCCUUUAUGGGUUUAGUUGUUGCCUUUUAACUACUUAGUAGCUGUAUUUAAUAGCUAGGAAACCCUGGUUAAACUUGUGCUCACAUUGCCCUUCUGGCAUAGUCCUAUUAAAUCCAUAUGAAGCCAGAUAUGAUUAUGUGCAGAUGUGGUGUGCUUCACUGUAUGGGACUGGGCCAAAGACUUUAGAUGUGGUGUAUCACAUGGUGACUUACAUUAUGAAUGGAUGUACUAUACAAAAGUUGCUGCUCCUUAUUUAUUGCGGUGUGCUGCAUGGAACAUAUUUAUUUGAAAGCAUUAAAAUAAAUGAUCCUAAAGCAUGUGCAUAAUGAGAGAACUGCAUUGUCUGUGUGCUGCUGUAGAGGUUACAUUAAAGUCCAUGUAACAAUUACAGUGCAUCAGUUGUGCUUAAGAUACAAGAUCUAUAAAGGAUCUUGAGUGGAUGGAAUAAGUUCCCUUUCCUUUUUUUUUUUUUUUUUUUUAGGUGCCUAUUAUUUCUAGGCAUGUUAACUAUAUUUCAGAUACAGUUGGUCACUGAUACUUGUCAUGCAAGUUAACACUAACAGUCUGACAAGGGGCUGUGGUUCCCAAGUAUGACACCACUAUUGCCAAUAAAACGUAUCAGGCCUGUUC